AUGAAAUUAAUUAUAAUGAUGACAACUUAGAUGAUUUAGAUAAAAUUAUUGCAGAUAUACAAAGUAUAAAAUAUUUAAUCUUAGAAAUUGAGUUUAAAUAAUAGAUCCCCCCUGUAAGAUCAAAGUAAAAUCAAAAAAGGAGAGAGAUUAGAUUAAUUUAUUUGCAACUUCUUUAUUAAAUAUUAAUUACAUCGAAGCCUCGAAAUAUUUUAAGAAGAAUGGACAGAAUUAACAAAGUCAGCUAUGUUCCACAUAAAUAGCAUCUGUUCGAUUCCAGACAUUUAUGUAUAGUUCGAGAAAUUAAAGGAUGAACUCUUAUUUGUAAAGGGAGAACUUGAAAGAUCUAAUUUGAUGGCUGAAAAAGCAUCAACAACGCUACAAAAACUAAAAUAAUAACGAGAUUUUCACAAACUCAAUUUUUAUAGAGCACAAUAAGAAAAGAAGCAAAUGUCAAUCGAAUAUGACAAACUUAAAUAAUAACUGAAUUUCUAAGAAGAAAAGCUGUAAAAAUCAAAUAUCAGAAUAAUUGAUAAAAAAGAAUUGACUUAGGAGGAUCCAUUAUUAAAUAGGAAGAGAUCAUUAUUUAAAAAUACGUUAUAAUAACCAAAAAAUGAGGAGGAGAUGAAUAAUUGCAAAGAUAUCUAAAAAUUGUUAGAUAGAUUACCUCAAGUUAAGAAACCUAGUGGAUAAUCCUUAUUAUUCAAACCAAAACCAAAUAAAUGA